AGUGAGUCAGCUGACACAUGUCAUAUUAUCACAAUCAUAUUGUAACGUUAAUCCAACUCCAAGAAAGAUGUAUUCGUUUAAAAAAAAUUUUGUAAUACACUAUUAUUUAUCGUGAUUCAAACGGUAUCUCACGUAAGAUUCUAAUGGUUGAAGUUUACAAAGUGCUGCUGCAGGAUUUUGGACUUUGAAUUCGUGAUUUGUCGACUCUACUCGUCUGCUCCAUUCAUGGCCAGUCCAGUCCCGAGUGUGUCUGAGUUGGUUGCCGAGGCUCGACGUGUGUACGAGCAGAGCUUCGGGGGAGAUGGUCCGCAGGUGGCAGUGUGUGCCCCAGGCAGGGUCAACCUGAUUGGGGAGCACAUCGACUACAACCAAGGAUUCGUCCUCCCUAUGGCUCUGCCCAUGGUGACGGUGGUGGUUGGCAGUAGGACCUCUGGCCAGAGUGCCUCCAUAAUUACUGCUGCUAAAGAUGUGGAGGAGCCCAGGAGAGUGGACUUUGACUUGCCCAAUGACAAGGCUCCUCUGUCUCCUGGGAAACCCAGCUGGGCCAAUUAUGUCAAAGGAGUGGUGCAGCACUACAGAGCUCCUCCAGUCCCAGGGUUCAGGGCAGUGAUAGCCAGUAGUGUCCCUCUAGGGGGCGGUCUGUCCAGCUCAGCCUCUCUAGAGGUAGCCAUGUACACAUUCCUACAGCAGCUCAAGCCAGAUGACGGGGACAAGGUGGCGAAGGCGGUGGCGUGCCAGAAGGCAGAACACACCCAUGCAGGUGUGCCCUGCGGCAUCAUGGACCAGUUUGUCUCCGUGCUGGGCAGGGAGGCUCAUGCUCUACUCAUAGACUGCAGGUCUCUGGAGGCCACUCCUGUCCCUCUGUCAGACCCAGGCCUUGUCAUCCUCAUCAGUAACUCGAACGUGAAGCAUUCUCUGACGGGCAGCGAGUACCCUAGCAGACGACGACAAUGUGAGGAGGCAGCUGCCAUCUUGGAAAAGGCCAGCCUGAGAGAUGCCACACUGAAGGACCUGGAGGAUGCUAAGAGCCGAUUGGACGAUGAGACUUAUCGAAGGGCUCGUCAUGUAAUUGAGGAGAUCGAGCGGACGGCCCAGGCAGCAGAGGCCCUGAAGAAAGGGGCCUACAAAGAGUUUGGCAAACUCAUGGUAGAAAGCCACAACUCACUCAGGGACUUGUAUGAAGUGAGCUGCAAGGAGCUGGAUGAGCUGGUGUCUGCAGCCGUAGAGGUGGAGGGUGUGUUUGGCAGCAGGAUGACAGGGGGAGGGUUUGGAGGAUGUACCGUCACACUACUGCAGGCUGAAGCCAUAGACAGGACCAUGCAGCACAUACAGGUACGCGUGCUACACUACAACCUACGCCGUGCUCCCGAGAACUACGAACUACGCACAUGCUCAGUGCGCAUCCUCACUGCCGAAAUCUUCUGUACCUGGCGUGCCUUUCUGGUUCUCCUCUGUGAGCGCUUCUCCUACCGUAACACCCAGGGUCCUACCUUCCCCCUCCCCAGUGACCAGCGCCACAACCGGCUCAAACUGGAGUGGGUCCCCCGGCCAGACGAACUUCCCCAGGACCAGUAUGAGAAACAGCAGUACCGAGGACUCGUCGUCUCAGACUCUUGGGCCACACAGACCCACUCUGGGGACCUAUGUGAUGUCAUCAUCCCGCGCCGCAGCCCCUGUGAGGUCAAAGACAUGCGCGGGUUUGUGGAGGAGCUGCUGACGGUGUCUCUGGCGGAGGGUUUUAGGGUCGACUCAGUGACCCCUGACCCCAUGGACAUUUUGAACUGCCGUACUCUGCAGCUUGUGCGUUAGUGAUAUAGCUUAUUCCAGCUCACCACUGAACCACCAGUCAUAGACUUACUAAAAUAACAAAGGUCACCCUAUAUUGUUUCCAACGUAUUGAAAAUGACUGCUUAUGAAUGGUCUAUAACUAACAGACUUUACUAACAUUGGAAAGGUCGAUCUAUAAUGUUUACAAUCCUCUCUUUGAUGUGAAGCUGAGACUGAUCCUGCCAUCUGAACCCUCUAACGAACUCUGACCUCAGUAGCCCUGCCGUGGAGUCCGUUCUAAACUGUAGGGUAGGCCUUCAUCUGGUUUUACAGAAUAGACCCUGUCCCCAACAAUAAGGAAUGGUUGUCAGCCCGUCCUGUUGAUGAUCAGGGCAUUUGUUAAAGAGAGAGACGGAGACAGGGUGUGUUAGAGUUUGUGGAUUGUCUGUGAGAGAGUGUGCUGCGUUGGUAGGAGGGGUGAUCGGACCAUUCCACAGAGUGGGUAUGAGUACAUUUGUUGGUACUGUUUUGUUAAACAGUGUUACAGUGUAAUAAACUGACCAGUCUGUAGAUAUGUUUUCAGCUCAUCAAUUGAAUAAAAACACUACUAAAUGAAAUGUA